AUGCCCGGACUUCAAGAUUUCAAUGCACACUGGCAUGCCUCCUGUUCUCUACCCCCCAAUCGCUCCCGGACAGAGUCAAAACAUAUAGGUCAGGAUUCUCGCGCUGAGCUGCACAAUGUUAUUGAAGCUUUGAAUACAUCGACUGUCGAUAAUCCUGAAGACCUCAAAGCAUAUCUCAUGGUAGAUCUGGCGAGGGUGAAGCGUGAAGUUUUUAGAGCAGAGAAGCUUCUCGCAGAUUGCAUGGUGCGAGAACAUGAGGUCACGGCUAGUUUGUUCAGAAUCAGAGCCACCACCUUGGGGAAGAAACUGGAUGCUACUGAUGACGAGCUUGGUUCGCAUGUGGAUCACCUGUAA